AUGUCUCCUGUAUCACCUGUGCCUUUGUAUAUGCUUCCAUCCUUGAAGAAGUGUGUUUGUCAGCUGUGCUCCUGUGGAUGUCACCAUUGUCUACGUCUGCCCAACUGGCCCUAUGAGAAGAGUGAGAAGCCAUGCAUGGUGUCAGAGUACAUGGAGAGAUACCCCCAUUAUCCUGUCACUGUUCCCAGAGACCCAUUUAAGCCAGAGAGAGCGCACAUGACCAUGCAGAUACCUAUGGAAGGCAUCUCAACUACAAAGAGUGAUUACAUAGCUCAUGAAGUGCUACCACAGAAAACUAAAACACCUGAAAAGCAUGUCAAGACUGAUGAAUGCAUGGAUUUGACCUCCACUUACAAACAAGAUUAUAACUGUUAUCCUGUCUCUCAAGUACUCCCACCAGGCCUCCCUUGUGUGAGAAGACAUAUUCCCAACACCAAAAUGGAUAUGAGAACCACUUAUGAAAAUGACUAUGUGCUACAGAAUGGACUGAAGGCUGAGCCGAUCAGACCAAAUGACAAUUUGCACCCACUAGAAGAAAAAACUAACCACCAAACUGUUGCCCAGCAUGACUAUCUCUACAGGGGACCAAUUGUCACUCAAAGCUGCAAACCUCGCAUGCUGGUUCAGAAAACCAAGGAUCCCUUUGACAAUAUAACUAAUUAUAGGGUGAAUUACGUGCCACAUCCUCUGGAGAAACGUUAUGUCCAUGAAAACGAAAAAUACAAGGUCAAUAAGGUCCCAUUAGAUGGACUCACUACCCACAAAGUGUCUUAUAAGGGGCUGGCUGGUCAGCCAGCCAAGCCUGCAAAACCAGAACAACAAAAGCUUCUCCAUGAUCUUCCAUUUUCCUCUAUAACUGAAUUUCAGGAAAAAUACCAACCCUGGCCACAGCCUCCCAUGUUCACCAAAAAACCUGAGGUAUAUCUUCCUCCUCUGGAGAAAAUGGACCUUCACAGCACUACUCAGACACAUUACAAGCACUCAAAUGGUAAACCGGCCAAGACAUGUAAACCUUCAGCCCAGGCUACAAAAAGUACUGAGCCAUUCAGUAACUCUUCUGUAAUGAGGGAAGACUAUAAACCUCUGCUUUGCAAGAGACUGAACCCUAUUAUUCAUGCUCCAGAGCUGACUUGCCCAACGCAACCAAUGGAUUGUGCGACUACCUUUCAGACCCACUAUGUGCCUCAUUCUCUCACAGUUACAAAGAGCUGUAAACCUAGCUGCUCAGACACAAAGCAUCACUCUCCACUAGAUGCUAAAACCAUCUACGCUACCACCUACACACCAAAGGGCAUUGUUAGGUGCUUGGCAACUUACAAAGACCCACCUGGUUACACCUUUGAGGGAAUUAGUGCUGAUGGUCACAAACUCUAUCUUCCUUCUUCCAAGAGUAAGUAUCUGGAAGAUGAACACUGA